UUCUACAAUAUGUAGCUAAAAAUGUAAAGAAACAUAAUAGACUUUCCAUUACUUGGAAGGUUUAUCUGUCUGUAAUUCAAUUUUYUUCCAGAUGCUGUGCAAUCAUCAGCUGCUCACUUGUGGCUACUUUGUCGUUUUUGUAACCAGGUCGUUCCGAAUUAUCCGACUCUAUUGCCACAAGUGUCACUUAGAGGUGUGAGUGCUGCAUGUGUGCUUUUCAGAGCAGUAGUGUGAGGAAGCUGGCAGUGGAAUGGCAGGACGGCCUCAUCCUUAUGACAGUAACUCCAGUGAUCCAGAGAAUUGGGAUCGGAAAUUGCAUAAUAGACCUCGUAAACUUUGUAAACAUUCAAGCACCUCAUCCCGUGUUGCUAAAGGAAUAGACUACACCAAAAUGAGCCUCCAUGGUGCAAGUGGUGGACACGAGAGAUCAAGGGACAGGCGCAGAUCAAGUGACAGAUCUCGUGACUCCUCCCAUGAAAGAGCAGAAUCUCAGCUCACUCCGUGCAUCAGGAAUGUUACUUCACCAACAAGACAGUAUCAUUCUGAUCGUGAGAAGGAUCACAGUUCAUCUCGGCCCAGCAGCCCCCAUCCCCAGAAGACRUCCCCAAAUGGUUCUGUUGUCAGCAUGGGCACCAGCAGCAGGAACAGCAGCCAGUCCAGCUCAGAUGGCAGCUGCAAGGCUGCUGGGGAAAUGGUGUUUGUGUAUGAAAACGUGAAAGAGGGAGCUCGGAAUGUCAGAACUUCCGAGCGAGUGACGCUCAUUGUGGACAACACCAGAUUUGUUGUGGAUCCUUCCAUCUUCACUGCACAACCUAACACAAUGUUGGGCAGGAUGUUUGGAUCAGGCAGAGAACACAACUUUACACGUCCCAAUGAAAAAGGGGAGUAUGAAGUUGCUGAAGGAAUUGGUUCCACUGUGUUUCGUGCUAUUCUGGAUUACUACAAGACUGGAGUGAUACGCUGUCCUGAUGGGAUUUCUAUUCCUGAAUUGAGAGAAGCAUGUGACUAUCUCUGUAUCUCCUUUGAGUAUAGUACUAUAAAAUGCAGAGAUCUGAGUGCUCUCAUGCAUGAAUUGUCAAAUGAUGGUGCUCGCAAACAAUUUGAGUUUUACCUGGAAGAAAUGAUUCUCCCAUUAAUGGUUGCCAGUGCCCAAAGUGGGGAGAGGGAGUGCCACAUUGUUGUGCUGACAGAUGAUGAUGUUGUUGACUGGGAUGAAGAGUAUCCCCCACAGAUGGGAGAGGAGUAUUCACAAAUUAUUUACAGCACGAAGUUGUAUAGAUUCUUCAAAUACAUUGAAAACAGAGACGUGGCCAAAUCAGUUCUGAAGGAAAGGGGGCUCAAGAAGAUCCGACUGGGCAUCGAAGGUAAGGGAAGCACUGCUUGUACUCUCACUCUUUGGGCUUCAAGCUCUGCUGCACUUCUCUGCUUYRUGGUUUUCUCUGUAGUUAGAAAAACAUAUAACAAUCCAUUUGAGAAGGUGAAGAAGCGGCCGGGCGGGAGGCCGGAGGUGAUUUACAACUACGUGCAAAGGCCGUUCAUCCGCAUGUCGUGGGAGAAGGAGGAAGGCAAGAGCCGGCACGUYGACUUCCAGUGUGUGAAGAGCAAAUCCAUCACCAAUCUGGCAGCGGCAGCAGCAGACAUUCCCCAGGACCAGCUGGUGGUGAUGCACCCCACGCCGCAGGUGGACGAGCUGGACAUCCUGCCCAUGCAGCCCAACCCCGGCAGCAGCGAGCUGGAGGCCGAGGCGCAGAACCCCCCGCUCUGAUCGCAGCUCCCUGCACCGCAAGCAUGCUCCUCACAGUGACUGUAUCAGCUCAUCCCACUGCAGUGCCACUUCUCCAUUGUGUCCCGUGUUUAGGAUAUUGCAGUAGGAGCCUGGCACGGCCCCRAGGGAUGCCUGGUUGUUGUGGCAGGAGUGCAGCUCCAGCACUGGGCUCGGUGCCGUACGUGUCUGUGUUUACCAGUAGGUUUGUGACGUUGGUGAUUUGUGAGCUGGCCCAGCCCCGCAGCCCGGGGCCGCUGGCGUGACACGGGGUAGGAAGCAGAGUGGCARUUGAUAGUAGCACUUUACAAAUGGUUGAGAAAUGGAAGUUGAAGCCAUUUUUUAUAAAUGUAUUGCACAAUACUAACAAAGUGCUUCUAUCAAAGGUAUUAACUGUACAUAGUUUUGCUCUGAAUAGAUUGACCCUUUUAAAGUUAUUGUAUAUGGUUGAGCACAAAACUACUUACUCUUGGGUUUUUGGAUUGAGGAYGUGAUUCAAUGACCCAUGUAACAUCUUGUUCAAGUUCUUUAGUGAAUUUUUUCACUCGUUUGCAGCGUGAGCCGUGUUCAAAAAUUGUGAACAACGGAUAGGGGCUUUAUCUUAAAUUUUGCCUUACCUUAAGCUGUUCACAAAUAUUUAUUUAAUACAUUUUCAUAAGUGUCAUGAAAUAGGAUAAUGGAAAUGGUUCAUUCUUCAUUUAUUAAUGAUUGUAAACAAGUUUUUCAUGCAAAUAAAGUUUCCAUUAUUUUAA